CAAGCUGGAGAAAGAAAGGAAAAACUCCAUUAAAAACCUCCAGGCUCUCCUCCAUGUUAGAAAUGAAAUGGAAAAUGGAGUGGAUUUAACAGGAAUCCCUGAUUCCUGCAGCCAAGCUGGAGGAAGGGAGACGCGAAUCAAAGCCGCAGGCUGCUGAUAUUUUUUAAGUCGCAAUAAAUACUGAGAACUCCGGGGCAGGAUGAGGAUUUCCUGACUCGGAUGAACAAGAAAGGACAGAUCGCUUUUUUAUGAUAUUCCUCUCUGUAUAUUUAAUUUAUUCACCUCGAUGAUUCUCUUGACUGAUCUGGUAAUUGUUAGAAGCGGCUUUGACAGCCUGGAAACAUUAGUAUGAUUUCCUGAGUUUGAGAUUUGCUGCCCCCCCCGCUCCAAACUCAGGAAAAGUCAAUACAAUCGCACUUCAUUUUUCCUUCAUGUGCACUUGGAAGUCCUGGGAGCAGCAAGAGCAGCGGCAGCGGCAGCAGCAGCAAGAAUGAACUGCAAGGAAGAAGAUGACAACUGCACUGACGGGAGCAGCAAUAACACGAAGAAGAUGUUAAAAUGCGUGGUGGUUGGGGAUGGUGCAGUUGGGAAAACCUGUUUGCUGAUGAGUUAUGCCAACGAUGCCUUCCCAGAGGAGUAUGUCCCCACUGUGUUUGACCACUAUGCAGUAACUGUGACUGUGGGAGGACAACAACACUUACUGGGACUUUAUGACACUGCAGGGCAGGAGGACUACAACCAGCUGAGACCCCUGUCCUACCCCAACACGGACGUGUUCUUGAUCUGCUUCUCGGUGGUGAACCCUGCCUCGUACCACAAUGUCCAGGAGGAGUGGGUGCCCGAGCUGAAAGUCUGCAUGCCCAACGUGCCUUACGUCCUCAUAGGAACACAGAUUGAUCUCCGGGAUGACCCCAAAACUUUGGCUCGGCUGCUUUACAUGAAGGAGAAACCACUCACCUAUGAGCACGGAGUGAAGCUCGCAAAGGAGAUCGGAGCACAGUGCUAUCUGGAGUGCUCAGCCCUCACGCAGAAAGGCCUUAAGACUGUCUUUGAUGAGGCAAUCCUGACCAUUUUCCACCCCAAGAAGAAGAAGAAGCGUUGUGCAAAGUGCCACAGCUGCUGCACCCUUGUGUGAAGUCACUUUGAAAGAAAAACGAGAUGAGUUCAAUGAAACCAAGCAGGUUAGAAAGGCAACGAAGGUCACAUGCAACUGAAAUGGGGAACAUGACCAGAAAGGGGUCCUUCCUACCCAAAUAUAGGAGCCCUCCGUUCUGUGAAACCUCCAAGCUGUAUCACACUAGGCCAACUCAUGUCUAUGUGCUUUCCUUAUCCUCCAGAGUUGUAUGCAGCCUGUUCCCACUACUGCAGACUGCACUGAGCCAACAGAAACCAGGACGCCUGCUCCUGCUUGACUUUUCACCUUAGGAAUAAGGUGAAGGUGGUGUCUGG